ACGGUUAACGGUUAGGUUAAUACAAAACCCUCUCACCAAAAACCAAACGGAAGAACAAAUUUCAACAUAAUAUGAGGCUCUGCGCUUUUCUUUUUGUUAUUUCAGUUUCCACUUCCAAUACUUCCAAAGCAUAUAUUAUUUCUCCUCCACCUAGCUCCUAUAUAUGAACCAAAACCAAAAACAACAUCAAAUAAAGAUCACAAAAAAAAACCUAAUAAAUAUAUAUAGGGAAAAUAAAUAAAUCAAAACUUGGGUUAAUUAUUUUACAUAUAUUUUAGUGAUGGAAAAUAUUUCAAAGAUAGAAAGCGAAGAAUGCAGAGCUGCGAUCAGAGACCUCAUAGAGCAACAGCAACCUCUUCUCAUCACCGGCAAUGGAGCUCCAGAAGAACCACCGAAACAGCCGAAAACUCCGACGCAAAAGGCCGUGAGAAAGACUUUCAAAGGCACAGCCCACUUGGCCAACCUUCUCCCCACCGGUUCGGUCCUCGCUUUCCAGAUUCUCUCCCCGGCUAUCACCCACCGGGGCCAGUGCCGCUCCCCCGUCAGCCAAACCAUCACUCUCGGCCUCCUCGCUUGUUGCGCCGUCUCCUGCUUCCUCCUUUCCUUCACUGACAGCUUCAGGGACCACCGCGGCAAGGUUCGCUACGGGCUCGCCACGUUCCGAGGGUUGUGGAUCAUGGACGGCUCAUCUUCUCCCGAUGCGGUCGUCAUUACGGCGGAGGAAGCCUCCAAGUUCCGCCUUAGGGCUAUGGAUUUCGUCCACGCGUUGGCGUCGCUGCUGGUUUUCUCGGCUGUGGCGGCGUUUGACCAGAAUGUGGUCAAGUGCUUCUAUCCUGCGCCGUCGGAGGAGGCUAAGGAGCUUCUUGUGGCGGUGCCGGUGGCGGUCGGCGUUGUGUGCAGUUUGUUCUUUGUUGCGUUCCCAAGUAGGCGCCAUGGUAUUGGCUUUCCUCUGUCUCGCCAUUAGUUUUUUUUUUUUUCUCGUUCAUGUAUAAUUUGUUGAAAAUUUUAUAAUGUCGACUAUCUUUUUUUAAUAAUGUUUUGCGUACUUAGGAUAAUCUCUUUUGAAAGAUAUUGCAUUUUAUGAUUAUUCACUGAGCCCGUCUUAACUUUGGCCAGAAUUAUUCUAAGUAUUAUUUUUUAAAGGGGAAUUAGCCACAUAAGUAGACAAUGUUUUGAAAAAUUAGUAAAUUUCACCUUUUUUUUUUUUUUUUUUUUUAAGUACUCAAUGUCUGCUUAACUCAAGUUUCAUUGGUUAAUGAUAAUGAUAAUAAUAAUAAU